GUGAAAUGAAUCGAUUGUUCGGAAACGAGAAAUAUCUGACACCAAGCUUUUUUUAAAUCGCACCAGGUGCUCAGCACGAGGCAGCAGAGUAUACUAGGUAACGGGAGUAAGAUCGGUCGAAGAACGGAAUCUGUAAUGUCGCGCGCUCACCUUGCCAACUCAGAAGACUCAGACAACGAGACGAGAAGUGUUACAAGCGAAUCAACAACGAUCUCAGAGUCGGAUGCUGCCUCUCUAAGUGAGAGGAGCAAUCCAGAUAACUCGGAGGCUGGGAAAUGUAGAGGUCCUCUCGAUACUGUUAGCUGCCUCACCCUCUCAUUCAAGCCAAUCUCAUCCGAGCUUCAUAGGGUAUUAGGUCCACCAACGUCCGGGAAAACAACGGUGAGAACCUAGGGUUUCAGGAGAUCCUCCACUAAUGACGACGGAGCUGCAGUUUAUCAAUCUCCUGAGCGGCUCCGAUUUUGAGGUCGGAUCGGGACUGCAAUCCUGCACAGCAGGCAUCCAAGUUACACCUCCGUUCCCUGCUAACGGCGGGCUUAUAUCGCUCAUCGACACUCCGGGAUUCUACGACCCAGAUUGCAACGAUGUGGAAGUUCUGCUCAUGAUUUCAUCGUUCCUCGCACAAGCAUAUGCGGAGGGACGUCGACUCUCAGGCAUCCUGUACACACAUCGUAUUUCAGACAUCCGCAUGGACAGCACAACCGAACGGAACUUCCAGCUGCUCCAGCAUCUCUGUGGCGAAGAUGCGUUCCCGAACAUCUCCGUGGUCACCACGAUGUGGGAUGAGGUCGGGUUGGAGCUAGCGGAGUCGCGUGAAACCGAAUUGGCAGAGGAUGCGUGCUUCUUCAAACAGGUGUUGGACGGCGGCGCAACCAUGCAGCGACACCAGUCGAUAAACGACCUCGAAUCAGCGAGAGCGAUCGUGGACGAGCUCGCAGUGAACAUCCCUUAUGCAUUGAAGGUCCAGAUUGAGUUGGUGGACGAGCAGAAGAAGUUGGUGGAGACAUCCGUGGGUCAGGAGCUCGAGCGAGAGUUGACCGAACAGCUGGCCAAGCACCGAGUGGAGUUGAGCGGAUUGCGCAAGGAGAUGAAGCAGGCGUUCCGGCAACAGGACGAUGAGACGAGACUGGAGCUUGAGAUGGAAAGUCACAGGCUGCAGGAGGAAAUGGGUCGAUUGCAGGCUGACAUCGAGAGAUUGAGGAGCACGGAGUCUGAAUUUGCGACGAGCGAGACAGAAACCGACGGUAUGAACCAGAGAGCUCCAGCAACCACGGAGAAGGAGCCAGAGCAGCCUGUGGAGGAAUCAGCGGAAGAGCAUCCUAUCGAAACGAGAGUCGCUGACGCUCCAAACGUCCAAGAUGCUGGCUUGAGCGCACCGGCAGGAGAGGACAAGGUCAUGAAGGAUGCAGUGCAGGAGAACAAGUCUGUGGAAGAGACCGCCGAGAGUCGUGGAAUUUUGGGUAUGAUCAGUGCUAGACUUUUCGGUUUGUAGGGUAAUGCUGUAAUGCGAUCCUUUCCUCCCUUUUCGUCG